AUGACAGGCGACUGUGGCCUUAUGUCUGAUUGGAUAUCGCUGGGUGGUCAGAAGAAUGCGCUAAAUCGUGGCGUCUAUCAAAUCAACUAUGUAUGUUGCAGGAAUGUAAGGGCUGAGGCUCUCACCACAGUCGUCGACGGUAACGACAGAAAACCCAUCGGAGUGAAUACGGUGGUGAAUACAAAAACUAUUAUUCUGCUUUCACGGCCGGCGUUAGCGAAGGAGUUCCUGCUAGAAACACGCAAUGUUCCCGCCAUCAGAAAAGGCAAGGUUGCCAUCAUUCACAUCGAGCCCACGGACAUGCUGACCUAUGAUAUCCUGCGCCUGUGGCGAAAUGAACUGGAAAGUGGAGUAAACCUGGGAGCGGCCGGGCAGAGUCUGAUCAUCAUGACAAUUCUGCCAACGAGAACUAUGUACCAGUCCAACUCCUCCAUUUAUACGAACGUAAGUGGAGCGCACCUUUUUGAAACAUUCUACUGGAAAGUUUGCAGGUUUCUGCAAUGUCCAUAUUCCCCUGGAAAGUGA